GACGUCCUGCAGCAUGAAAUUGAAGAGCUAAAACACAAGGAACUUGCUCUGGAUCAGGAAAUAGCACAAAUCAAGGCUGAAGGAUACAGCCUGGAGGAAUUGGAAAACCACAUUUCUCUGCUUCAUGAAUACAAUGAGAUAAAAGACACAGGACAAAUGCUUUUAGGCAGAUUGGCUGCAAUCAGGGGCGUCACCACCAAAGACCUCUACUCUGAAUUUGACCUGGAUCUGAAUGAUUAGGAGGAAUGUAAAAUGUGACACACACACCCACCUAGACUGUGGAAAUAUAAUGCGUGGCGAAAAGGCAAUCACUGUAAGUUCAUUAUUCCCCCAGAAAUAUUAAUGAAGCAGUAGCUUUAACUUUGGGGCGGAAAAAAAAUCAUUUAAUGGAUGGAGAAGCUGUUGGACUUAUUACAUCUGGACAAAUCUCUGCAGAAUUCUAGAAAGCUGCCCUGGAUUGAGGAAUUGCUAAUGGUCCUCUCUUCGCUGUGAGAGUUGACCAGGCUAAACUAUAAAGCCAUAAAAAUAGAAAAGAGUUAUUAAUUGUAAUAAGGGCUGCAGGUGUCAUUGAUAAUCUAAAUGGAAGUGCCUUCAGCCUUGGGUCCAUUCAAGUUGAGCCCUGUUUUCUCCUCCCCCAUAGAGGGCUGAAUUUGAAGGUGGAAUCCUCUCCAAAUCAUUGUGAAUUGUUAACUAUGAUCUGAAAUGUAGGCUUCUUCAAAUAUGGCUGCUGAAAAGAGCGAGGGGGUCCAGUUCUUUUGGAACAUGUCGAAAAAGCAACAUUUGUCUAUAAAAAUGGUGAUUUAUUUGCUUGGGA